AUGCUAGCGGAGGCAGGUGGCACCGUUCCCCAUGGAAGCGACAGCUCUAUGAGGACAAGCAAUAUCAAUAAUAAUCGAAAUCCGGACUCUUCAAUCCUAAUAUCCAAGAUGGUAGACGUUGUCAUCCCGUUCUCGUCUGAGGUGCCCUGCGACAAUAAUGGACAGCGCAUGUGGUGGGCUUUCCUUGCCUCCUCCAUGGUGACGUUUUUUGGGGGUCUCUUCAUCAUCCUGCUGUGGAGGACACUCAAAUAUAUGUGGACAGUUUGCUGCCACUGCAACGUCAAACCCAAGGAAGUUCAGAAGGUGAUCAACAAUCCGACAGCAGAUAAACCAAAGGGCGAUGAGAAGGAGGGGGUCCCAAUCAGCGAGGUGGGAUGGAUGACUUCAGUCAAAGACUGGGCCGGCGUCAUGAUCUCCGCUCAGACACUCACUGGCAGAGUUCUGGUGGUGUUAGUCUUUGCGCUCAGCAUCGGGGCCCUUGGAAUAUACUUCAUAGACUCCUCAGAUCCAAUAGAAUCCUGCCAGCACUUCUAUGAAGAUUUCACGUUACAAAUCGAUAUGGCCUUCAACGUCUUCUUCCUUCUGUAUUUUGGCUUGCGGUUUAUAGCAGCCAAUGAUAAGCUGUGGUUCUGGCUGGAGGUCAACUCAGUGGUCGACUUCUUCACUGUUCCUCCCGUGUUUGUUUCUGUUUACUUAAACAGAAGCUGGCUCGGCUUAAGAUUUCUCAGAGCACUAAGAUUGAUACAGUUUUCGGAAAUUCUUCAGUUUUUGAAUAUCCUGAAAACAAGCAACUCCAUCAAGCUAGUGAACCUGUGUUCCAUCUUCAUAAGCACAUGGCUCACAGCAGCUGGAUUCAUACAUUUGGUGGAAAACUCAGGGGAUCCUUGGGAAAACUUCCAGAAUUCCCAGCCACUUUCCUAUUGGGAAUGUGUCUACUUGCUGAUGGUGACAAUGUCUACAGUGGGCUACGGGGAUGUCUAUGCAAAAACCACCCUGGGGCGCCUGUUUAUGGUCUUCUUCAUCCUUGGUGGUUUGGCCAUGUUUGCCAGCUACGUCCCUGAAAUCAUAGAGUUAAUAGGAAACCGAAAGAAAUAUGGUGGUUCCUAUAGUGCGGUUAAUGGGAGAAAGCAUAUUGUGGUCUGUGGUCAUAUUACCCUCGAAAGUGUCUCCAACUUCCUCAAAGACUUCCUACACAAGGACAGGGAUGAUGUCAAUGUUGAAAUUGUUUUUCUCCAUAAUAUUUCCCCUAAUCUUGAGCUGGAAGCCUUGUUCAAACGCCAUUUUACCCAAGUAGAGUUCUACCAGGGAUCUGUUCUCAACCCUCACGACCUCGCCAGAGUGAAGAUCGAGUCAGCAGAUGCCUGCUUAAUCCUAGCCAAUAAGUACUGUGCAGAUCCUGAUGCUGAAGAUGCCUCCAACAUCAUGAGGGUUAUUUCGAUCAAGAACUACCAUCCCAAGAUCAGAAUAAUUACACAGAUGCUACAGUACCACAACAAGGCCCAUCUGCUGAACAUUCCAAGCUGGAACUGGAGGGAGGGUGACGAUGCUAUCUGUCUGGCUGAGCUGAAGGCAGGCUUCAUUGCCCAGAGCUGUCUGGCUCAGGGCCUGUCCACCAUGCUAGCCAACCUCUUCUCUAUGAGGUCCUUCAUUGAGAUUGAGGAGGAUACAUGGCAGAAGUAUUACCUAGAAGGGGUGGCUAAUGAGAUGUACACAGAGUAUUUGUCCAGUGCCUUUGUCGGCCUCACCUUCCCCACUGUCUGUGAGCUGUGUUACGUGAAGUUGAAGCUGCUACUUAUUGCGAUCGAAUACAAGUCGGAGCAAAGAGAAAGCAGCAUCCUCAUCAACCCGGGUAACCAUGUCAAGUUGCAGGAAGGAACGCUGGGAUUUUUUAUCGCCAGUGAUGCCAAGGAAGUGAAGAGAGCAUUUUUCUACUGCAAAGCUUGUCAUGACGACAUCACAGACGCUAAGCGGAUCAAGAAGUGUGGCUGCAAACGACUCGAAGACGAGCAUCCAUCCACACUCUCGCCCAAAAAAAAGCAGCGCAACGGAGGGAUGCGAAACUCACCCAACUCCUCGCCCAAAAUGAUGAGUCGACACGACCCGCUUCUCGUUCCUGGAAAUGAACAAAUCGAGAGCGUGGACAUGAGCGUGAAGAGGUAUGACUCGACAGGGAUGUUUCACUGGUGCCCAUCAAAAGACAUCGAAAAAGUAAUCCUGACCCGGAGUGAAGCCUCCAUGACAGUACUGAGCGGCCAUGUGGUGGUCUGUAUAUUUGGGGAUGUCACGUCCGCUUUGGUGGGGCUGCGAAACUUGGUGAUGCCUUUAAGAGCCAGCAAUUUCCAUUACCACGAGCUAAAGCCGAUUGUUUUUGUGGGCUCGCUGGAAUACCUGCGCAGAGAGUGGGAGACUUUACACAACUUCCCCAAGGUCUCCAUCUUACCUGGUACGCCAUUAAGUCGGGCAGAUUUAAGGGCUGUCAACAUCAACCUCUGCGACAUGUGCGUAAUACUGUCAGCCAAUCAGAACAAUAUCGAAGAUACCUCACUGCAGGAUAAGGAAUGCAUCUUGGCAUCGCUCAACAUCAAAUCUAUGCAGUUUGAUGACAGCAUUGGGGUCUUACAGGCAAAUUCACAAGGUUUCACGCCUCCUGGAAUGGACCGGUCAUCUCCAGACAGCAGUCCAGUACAUGGCUUUGUGCGUCAGGCUUCUGUCACCACCGGAUCCAACAUCCCCAUCAUCACAGAACUAGUGAACGACUCAAACGUUCAGUUCCUGGACCAAGAUGAUGAUGACGACCCAGACACAGAGCUGUACCUCACUCAGCCCUUCGCCUGCGGCACCGCCUUUGCUGUCAGUGUACUCGACUCCCUGAUGAGUGCAACAUACUUCAAUGAUAACAUCCUCACGCUGAUUCGGACACUGGUUACAGGGGGAGCCACACCAGAGCUGGAGGCCCUGUUGGCUGAGGAGAACGCCCUCAGAGGCGGCUACAGCACACCUCAGACACUGGCAAAUAGAGACAGGUGUCGCGUCGCCCAGCUAGCCCUCUACGACGGGCCAUUUGCCGACUUGGGGGACGGAGGAUGCUACGGGGAUUUAUUCUGUAAAGCACUGAAGACCUACAACAUGUUGUGUUUUGGAAUCUACAGAUUAAGAGACGCUCACCUAAAUGCACCGAGCCCGUGUACAAAACGGUAUGUGAUCACGAACCCACCCUAUGAGUUUGAGCUCGUGCCCACAGACCUGAUCUUCUGCCUCAUGCAGUUUGACCACAAUGCAGGCCAGUCCCGGACAAGCUUGUCCCACUCUUCCCAUUCCUCCCAUUCCUCCAGCAAAAAGAGCUCCUCCGUCCACUCAAUCCCGCCCUCCAACCGGCAGAAUCGCAGCAGUAAGACCCGGGAGUCCCGCGAUAAACAGAAUGCAACAAGGAUGAAUAGAAUGGGCCAAGAAAAGAAAUGGUUUACAGAUGAACCAGAAAAUGCCUACCCUCGGAACAUUCAGAUCAAGCCCAUGAGCACUCACAUGGCCAACCAAGUCAACCAAUACAAAUCCACUAGUAGUCUGAUUCCGCCAAUCAGAGAAGUUGAAGAUGAAUGCUGAACACAGAAUUUUAUUGCUGACUCACCAGACAUCUAUACGCUCUUUCAAAAGAGAUGGGAGAUCACCCAUGGAGGUUUGAUGAUGAUGAUGAUGAUGAUGAUGAUGAUGAUGAUGAUGAUGACAGGGAUGUUGAAGACUGACACAUUUCUCUUCACUCAUUCUUCUAACCAAGGGUUGGACAGAAACCCAAAUUGGAAGAGACCUCCUAUGUGUAUACCUUUAAUGUUACUUCCAUGCUCUUGGACAUUGUUUUAUUCAUUAAUGUAUCCAUAGUGAUGUACAUAAUGACAAUCAACUAAGGAUUGUACAGCCCCUUCCUCCUAGCACUUUUUGGAAUUAUUUUAAGAGUUGACAAAAAAAAAGAGUACUUCCUGUAAUUCUUUGCAAUAGUUCACCUCAUUUUGUGACCAGACUCCAUUGCUAAGGUGACUGGUUAUUGGCGGAUGAAGGUUGCAGCGAUAAAUGAUCAUAUCAUCUCCCAAAGAUCUACCCAGAUGCCUCACGUCAAACCAACUGGGUUCACCAACGUCAUAUCCCCCGUCUGCUUCUGUUCUAUUUGCACUAAAACUGGACAAGUUUCUUUUGACAGAACAACUGGAACCCUCAGAUUCUCCCCCAAUAAAAUGUCAUUGAGGAGAUGAAGGAAGAGGGAGGGAGGGCUGCUUUGUUUCGGAGGCAUACUAAUCUUGUUCUUAGGUUAUUAUAAAUCAUGUCAUUGCUUAACGUUUGCUACUUCACCGUCGACUCGUCAUGUUGAGUGAGAGCAUUCCAACCCCGCAGAACAAAAGUCAUCCUGCAAAACAGUCGUCUAUAAACACAGACAAUGGUGCACUGCUGGUGUGUGCCGGCUGAAAGA